AGACUCCAAACAGCUAGAGCGAACGUCACUGCCCUCCCGAGGUGGCGUCCGCGGAGGGAUCUCUCUGUCUCCGCCUCCUAAGAUGGCGCAGCAGGUGAACAUCGCGGAGCUCUCCUUGCCGCAGCUGGAAGUGUUGAAAACCCAGCUGGAUCAGGAAGUUGAAUUCCUUUCUUCGUCCAUUGCACAACUUAAGGUGGUACAGACAAAAUAUGUGGAAGCAAAGGACUGUCUGAAUGUAUUAAAUAAAAGUAACGAAGGUAAAGAGCUACUGGUUCCACUCUCCAGCUCUAUGUAUGUUCCUGGGAAGCUUUCUGAUGGGAGCCAUGUAUUGUUAGAUGUAGGGACAGGUUACUAUGUAGAAAAGACAGUGGAUGAGGCUAGAGACUUCUUCAAGAGGAAGAUUGAUUUCCUGACAAAGCAAAUAGAGAAAAUCCAGCCAGCAUUGCAGGAGAAGCAUGCAAUGAAACAAGCUGUAAUAGAAACGAUGAACCAAAAGAUUCAGCAACUGACAGCAGCAGGUGCAUCACAAAUGUUGCCAACAAAGGCCUAGCAAAGAUGACUCCCUUGCCCACCUAUUAUUUUGUGAUGGUCAAAACAUCUGGAGGGAAGCAGCAUUCCUGCUGCAUGCAGCUGAAAGGGGAGGGUGGGAGGGUAAGGGGAUGACAAUUUUCUGUUAAAACAAAUAUGGGAAUGUUUCUGUUUUGGGGAAUGAUAACAUCUUGAGGAUCACAUCUGCUCAACUUGUUGACUUUUCAGAUGUUAUGUUGUUAUGUUAGUUAUGGCACCUGGAGGCCAUCUUUCAUAAGAUGCCCAGUGAAAUGCAAUGCUUGUAAAUGGAAUUGUACAAAAUAAAUAGAACAAAGCAAGUAAUAAUUGCAUAUUGACUAACGCAUUGCUGCCCAGAAAGCUCUAUGGCCCACCUGAUUUUGUUUUGUUAAGGUUCUUUUGAUUUAAAAAAAAAAUGGAUGUAAUCAUUUUGAGUUACAACUUUAGUUUGAAGAAUACUUCUGGAUUUGGUUUGUGUCCUGAAGGUGCUGUUGGAAAAUAAAAGUUAAGAGAGAGCUGCA